AUGAGCGGACUGUAUCCUCCGAGCCAUCACCGCCAACAGAAACUGCACCCAAAGCGCCACCGGCCAGCAGCUAGCAGUCGAAAUCAGACCAUGACCGGUCGAUCCCAACAACUCCAAAACGAACCCUUCGUCGGACCACACCGUCGACCCCAUAUGAUAGCAACUCUAAUCACUGUGUCGCUCAAUGUCGAUCCAAUAGACAUACGUCGCUGGCGAAAUUGCGUCUCCGAUGUCCAUCUAUGGGUGACUAAUUCCAAAGGGAAACCACCAAGGUUUUCUCAGAUCGCAAACCAAAAGCUCCAGUCGGCCUCCAUGCUCUCGCUCAUCAUCACCAAACAGAGCCACAUCGCCUCCAUCAGUUGCGUAGACCCCACAGCUCCAUGUCGUUGGCCCAACUGCAACGCUGUUACUCCUUACCUGUGGCAAUUUCGAAAAAAAAAAGAGAAAAAAAAAUGA